AGGGUUUUCUACUAUUUCCUCUGUUGUUGUCUCCAUGUCUACCUUUGAGGCAGUGCUAGCCAGCUGUGGACAUGCAGAUUUCACAGUGCUUGAUGUUCGGAGUGAUGAUGAAAUUGGCAAGGAAGCUCCAGUGAAUGGCGCAGUUCAUAUCCCUCUCGCUGAGUUGCCGCAGAGGUUUGAUGAGAUCAGGAAGGAUCGUCCAGUGCUAGUCUACUGUGCCCAUGGCACACGAGCGAAUCAUGCUGCGAGUUUCCUCAUGCAAGAGUGUGGGUUCAGAGCUGUGUUCCCUACCACUAAUAGAGACAGUGCUCAACAGAUAGUACAACAAGUAAAAGCUCAUGCUGAUCAGGAUAGGCAGAAAGCAUCAAAUGCACGGCUGAAGCGUGGAGCAUUGAUAGCGGGGAUAGUGGCGCUAUCGGCAACUGUGGUAGCGUUAGCACUCUGGAAGUUACCACAUAGGAGGCAGACGCGUAAUGAUAAUAGUUAGUAGUAGCGCCAUGCUGCUGUAUUAUUGUCAUUGCUAGCUUCGGAAAUCGGUGGUGAUCCGUACCCAGAUUUGUCGUUCUCUCCCAUUCUCACUUAGCUCGUCAUGUCUCGUUUCUAUCGCACUAUACUCUAAUGGAUACUCUGGCAUCCUCCAUCAUCGUAUUCUCCGUUUCAUCUCGUGUUGCCCUAAGAGUGGUGGCAAGCCGUGGACCAUUUUCCUUUCUGUCGUACGGUUGACUUGGCUAGCGUGAUUGCCUGUAGUUACUUGCAGUUGUGUUUCCGGUAUAGUUUGGCUGAU